AUGGAUGCAGUGAACGCUGUUGCGCAUCAGUUAAUGAUUAUACUUGGUAUAAUUAUGUUUAUAUUUGGUUUAAUCGGCAACAUUUUAAAUAUCUACGUAUUUUUAUCGUGGUGUCGUUUAAAGAAAAAAUCAAGAAGAAGAUCUCGCAAUGCUCGAUCAAGCAAUAGCUCGUUAUAUUUACUUACAUCAUCUAUAUCGAAUUUAAUCAUUAUUAUUUUUCCAUUUCUGACUCGAAUCAUAUUCGAUGGCUUUCAAUAUUCAUUAAAUCAGAGAAAUGGUUUUAUUUUAUGUAAAUUACGUUAUUAUGUAUUACAUACAUUCGAUUUAACAUCAUUAACGUGCAUUUGUAUGGCUACAUUCGAUCGUUAUUUAAUUUCCUCUCGACAAGUUCGUUUAAGACAUAUGAGUACUGUAAGAAAACGAACAAAACAAGUUAUUCUAUUUGUUAUCACGCUAAACAUUCUACACAGCAUUCCAAUAGGAUUUUUUUUCGACGUUUCAAAUCAAGGUCGAUGUACAAUACUAUCGAGAAAGUUUCUUUAUUAUUAUUUAUGGACUUUUCAAAUAUGUUUUCAUAGUUUAAUUCCAAUUUUAUUUCUUACAAUAUUCGGGGUAUUAACAUAUCGACAAUUGAAAAAAAUCAAACGAACUAAACGCAAAGGAGUAUUAGGUAGUGAUAAACGUCUGUCUCGUAUGUUACUGUUAAUGUCAGCCGCAAUCGUGUUAUCAUCAAUACCAUAUUGUAUCGAACAUGUUUAUAAUGUAUUGAUAAGAAAAGAUCCUUUUAAACAACCAUCAUACAUCUAUCUCUAUCAUGUUAUUACUUCAAUAUUAUUUUAUACAAAUCCUGUGACGAGUUUUUACAUAUUUUUUAUUUCGACACCGAAUUUUCGAAAGCAAGUGCGAAAAUUAUUUUUUUGUACAAGUUCGGAUUGUAAUUACGACACUGAGUCAUUUACUAUGAUAACUACUCUACAUAAUUCACAUGAAUAA